AUCUAUAAUUAUCCAGUACAUACUUAUAUGUUAAUAAAUUAUUUCGAUCCACGAGGAUGAAAAUGGAUCCACCAGAAUGAAAUACACUUUACCAGAGUGACCUCCAACCUCGUUCCAUUUUCUACAUUCGUACCACAAAUAAUGCAGGAGGUUUCAAUCUAACAUUUUUCUAUACUUGGGGUACACUAUCGCUCUCUCUGUCCGGUACUGUCCGUAUCGUUUGAACUUGUUGCACACUACUCUGUAUACUCGGUCGCUGAUCAACCAUGGAGACAUCAAUCCUAAACGCGGCACACGAAAGACAAAGGAGAGCAGAGGCAUUGUUGCAAGAAGGUCGUUUCGAAGAGGCAGCCAAGUGUCACGAAGCUGUGGCUAAUCUUCUAACAGAGGCACACGCACAACUGGAAUCUAGAUUUGUUCGUUUGAAGACUUCUAACUUACCUAGUCAGACCCAGCCAAUUGUCAUUUCCUCUUUCCAUUCGUUCAUUACUUUAGAAUCUCUGGCCCUUCAAUGUGAUUACCAUAAAAGACAAGCUGCUGUAGUUAGAAUGAAACAAGCACAAUAUGAAGAGUACAAAACUACAUUGGAAAAUCAACAAAGGGAAAUUCUUAGCAAACAAGCAGCUAAACAGGUUGAGAAAGAUACAUCUGAGUUUGCAAAUGAUAAAUUUGAUGGAUCUCUACGGCAAGCUAUAUAUAGAACCAUCGAAGAGCAGGAUAGUCUUCUAAGUCUAAUCUUACUACCUAGCAACGAGGACAAAGCUUUCAAAUAUCCAAAGGAUACAGGCACUGUUAUAGAGGAACUCAAAACUGUUAAUUGCCAAUUACGUUGUCUGGUUGGUAGCUUGCUAAGUCAAUUGGAGGCAAAGGAAGAGGAAGUGAGACAGUUGACCGAACAACUUCAUGCAGUGUCUGCUAACCUUAAUGACGAAACUAGACUAGAUAAUGCACAUUCCUUAAGACUUGCGCCUUUGCCACCUUUAACUCCUCUUGAGAUGCCACUUUUUGACUUUACGUCGACAUAAAGUGUUGUACGACAAACGUGACUCUUUUAUUAAAAUAUUUCGCCAAAUAAGAUACAGAUACUGUAUACAAAAUUAAGUCAGGUCUGUAAUAGUACAAAAAUCAACAUGACAAAUUGCUACAGUAUUCAGUUUCUCUUACCGUAGAAUUUUGAAGUUCAAAUAUAUUACAAUUAACAUCUCGUAACAUGAGGAGAAAUGAUGUAUGUAACGUAUCCAAACUUAAUGUAUAUCAGUACUUAUUUUUGUUCAUUUGGGGUUCUUCAAAGGGAUCAAAAUACAUAUCAAUGAAACACGAAAUGUGUAUUUCGUUCAAAAAUGGAUUUACAAACAUCAUACGUCCAUGUAUGUGAAUAACAAAGUAGUUGAUUUAUAGAUUAAGGUACUGCCAGCUGAAUGUUCGUAACUAGGAGUAAAUAUGUAACACAGUAAUGGAUAUUCCAUGAGAUUGUACAGAGUCGAUGUAAAAAUGUACCUAACCAUUGUUAAUCCGCAAUCUUCUCGCAAUUGCGCACUUUAAAAAAUUAUCGUCGAAGGCGUAGGUAACGUUUGAGAAACUUUGUUAUUUAUUAUGUAAUGUCACGCAAUAAACAUUUCCCGAAUCAGACACUCA